CGCGCUUGGACGGUGAGGACACACAGUACCGACAGGACAGCCGGGCCAUAGCACUGCUCAGCCGGCUCCCCGCCUGCACACACUCCUGCCGCUCCUGGUCAUCAACGCGGACGACUUUCGUUACUUUUCGAGAGGGAUUUCAAGUUUUUCUCAGAGUUCCGAUUUUCUUAUCUGACUUGGAGCGGCAUCACGGAGCCUUCGGAAUUCAGACAGGAUGUCGGAACUUUCCGUGAAUGACCACCUCGAAGGGAUUUUAUCAGAUUUUGAAGCACUGAAGAGAUCCUUUGACAUUGAAGAUGUGGACGACAUACCAUCCUUCUCAUCAGCUUCUCCUGUCUCCUCCCCGGUUUGCCCCUCUUCUUCCCAUUUCUUCCUCAACCACAACAAAACCAGUGAGGGGCGAGGAGGAGGUGGCCAGUCCGCUUCAUUAGCCUUCAACAACAACAACAACAGCCUGGGCUCUGCAGUAUACCCCUCCCGCAUCAGCCGGAGUUCCAAUCCCAGCCCAGUGCUUAAGUCCCGCACGGUGGUCAGCAGCCUCUCCUUCAAUCGAGGAACCAUGAACAAGCCGGCCAUCCACAACAACAGCUCCUCAGUGAACAGAGCUGCAUCCUUCCAGAGCAGGUUGAACCCAAAUAGUUACUCCAUGUUUUCUGGGCCAGGCAGUGACAACGACAGCCUUCACAGCUCCACGUCAAGCUUGGAGUACUCUGGGGGGGGUGGGGGUCCCCUCCAUCUAAACAAGCUGGCAUCAUAUCCCAGCCCUCCACCUCAGGGUGAGUACCAUCGAACCCAGCCCCAGCUCCCACAACAGCACCAAGAAGGAGGUAUCACAGGCAACCACAACCUGAAGAAGUUUUCCUCCCAUGGGAGCGUUUUCCACUCUGAGUUGGACCAGGGGCCAGGAAUGAUGCUGGGGGCUCCAGAGCCUCACGGGAUUAAUCAUGGCUCCAUGCCCAGCCUAGACCUCCAAAUCCGUGAUGGAGGAGGAGAAAUGAUGGGUAUGCAAAGAGGUGGAGGUGGAGGCAGGAUGUCUCCAGGGUUGAGGUAUGCCAAUGCUAAUGCCAACUGGAAUGGUCGUCUCCAUAAUGCCAGUGCCCUUGGAGAGGAGGGCUCCAACAACCAGCAGCAGCAAGGGCCCCAGGUCCUCCAGGCUCCCCAGCCCAAGGCCAAAGAGACUCCACGUCUCAACAAGUUUCCCUUGGACCUGGACAGUUUGGUGAGCACCAUCUCAGCUACUUCCCCCUCGAAGACUCACGGAGGAUCCAUGAGCCGUAAUGCCCCCAAGCCUCCUCCAAGACGCACAGGAAGCCUUCAGCACCAUACCAACCCACCAUCCACCUCAGCCAGCCCAUCAGCCUCUCUCAGCAGCUUGGACAGUUCCUCUGACACUCCACCACUUUCUCUCCAUCAUCCCUUUUUGCCUCUCUCCACACGUUUUCCAACUCCCUCACAUGGCUCUUUCCCUGUCCCAGUGGUGAGCUGCUCACCGAUGCCCAUUUCUCCAGCCCAGACCCCCCAGUUGGAGAUCGUCUCACAGCCCCAGGUUGUUCAAGUGGUCCCCAAUCCUCCCAACUAUAACAGCUCUUCCAGCCCCUCCAGCCCCUCCAGCCCCAGAGCCAUUAGGUCUUUGGAGGAUGGUGCAGGCAAUGUCAGAGAUAGUGUAGGCUCCAUCCUACAGAGGAUCGCCUCUUUCUCCCGGCCUGUCACCACUGAUGCCACCCCAGCAGCUGUUACCCAGCCCCCUAAAGUCCAAAGCAAUGGAGGGUUGUCAUCUGCAUUUGAGGGUCCUGCUGAGACCAUGCCUGUGCCCACAUGGAGACAGGGGAAGAAGAAACAGGAAGAAACUGCUGGAGAGCUGGACACGGACCUGCUCACCCCGAUGGAGGAGAGAGAGGAGAAAGAGAGAGGCAUCAUGGGAGAAGAGCAAGAAGAAGAGAGCAAGAGCGAAGGACAACCAGCCAGCACCGAUACCCCAAAUUCCACGAAAGAAAAAGAGGUGAACUGUGUUGAGGUUCAUACAGAGAUGGAGGAGAAAGGGAUGGAGAAAGGAAUGGAGGAAGAAGAGAUGAAGAAAGAGAUGCAUCUGCAGACAGAUGUGAAGAUGGAGGUGUGCCAGUCUGUGCCAGGCCUCCAGGUGAGCUUCAUCCAGGGCAGCGACCUGUUUGGUUACGUAGGCAUCGAGGCAGUGCUGGACCAGAUGAGGCGCAAGACCAUGAAGGCUGGCUUUGAGUUCAACAUCAUGGUGGUUGGUCAGAGUGGUUUGGGGAAGUCCACCUUGGUCAACACUCUGUUCAAGUCCAAAGUCAGCCGGAAGUCCUGUACGCCCAACUAUGAAGAGAAGAUCUCCAAAACAGUCAAACUGCAUUCAGUCAGCCACGUGAUUGAGGAGAAGGGGGUGAAGAUGAAGCUGACAGUAAUCGACACUCCAGGUUUUGGAGACCAGAUCAACAAUGAGAAUUGCUGGGAGCCCAUAGUGAAGUACGUCAAUGAGCAGUAUGAGAAAUACCUUAGAGAGGAGCUGCAUGUCAACCGUAAGAGGAGAAUACCUGACACCAGAGUCCACUGCUGCAUCUACUUCCUCCCUGCCACUGGACACAGGUUACGCCCCAUCGAUGUUGAGUUCAUGAAGAGGUUGGGAAAGGUAGUGAGCAUCGUUCCUGUCAUCGCCAAAGCAGACACACUCACCAUUGAGGAAAGACAGGAAUUCAAGGAGAGGAUAAGGCAAGACUUGGUGGCAAAUGGGAUUCGUGUUUACCCCCAGAAAGAGUAUGACGAGGAUCCAGAGGAGCGCAUACUCAACGACAGGAUCAGGGAAAGCAUUCCCUUUGCUGUGGUGGGAACCGACAAGGAGCACCAGGUGAAUGGAAACAAGGUGCUGGGCCGUAAAACAAAGUGGGGAAUCAUUGAAGUUGAAAAUGUGGCACACUGUGAGUUUGCCAACCUGAGAGAUCUACUCAUCAGGUCUCACCUGCAGGACCUGAAAGAGGUGACACACAACAUCCACUAUGAAACCUACCGUGUACGACGGCUCAACGAGAGCAACGUGAACUUCAGUGAACUGGGACUGUCCACCUGGCCUCUGGAGAAUGGAACUGCUGACAAAUGCGAAUCGGAGAGCCACCUCUGAUCCCUCCAUUAGCCUCCUACUCCAGGAAUUCUGAUGCUACUUGUCCAAUCAGAAUGAGAGAUGGGAAAAAGAAAGCUAUUUUCCCCACAUAAAAUGGGAUGGAAAAAUGAUUUUUUAAUUGUUUUUCCCUUUUGUUCAUUAUGGGACCAACUAGUGGAUUGUUUUUAAAUGAUAAAUUCUAUUUGAGUUUUUACGUAAGACAUAAGAAAUGCAUCAGAUAUGGAUAUAUUUUUGAAUGCGAGCUCAUAUAUAUUUUCUGGAAGUAUGGUGACAUAUAUAGGACAGGGAAGAACAAGCAGCAUAAUAUGGAACAAUGAGAGGAAACAUAAACACAAGUCUCCCAAUGGUAUGUAAGCAUCUUGGUAUCUUCUAGAUUAAUGAUACGCUGUAUGGCCAAAAGUAUGUGGAUAGCCAAGGCCAUAGUGCCAAACAUUGUUGGCUGAUAUCACUAAUGCUCUUGUGGCUUAAUGAGAGCAAAUCCCUGCAGCUAGGUUCCUACAUCUGGUGGGAAAACUUCCCAGAAGAUCACAUAUGGGUGGAAUGUUCGGUUGUCCAUAUACAUUUGGUAAUGCAGUGUAUCAUUCUUGCUGAGGUCAAAUGUGUUUAAAUGUGAUUCUAAGGAAAAACCCAUCAUGUUAUGGCUUGAGGAAAGGUUUCGAUUGACAAUUGACAAUAGAAACAACUAUGAACACCAAGCAGUAUCCAAAAUAAUUGCAGCAUUUAAAGCAGGACAAUUAGCUCCUCCUCAAAAAAAAGAAAAAAUGAAGCUGAUGCUGUGCUAGGUGCUGCCCUGUUCAUUUUGUCUCUUUCUAAAAGGACUGUCUUCAGCUUCUAAUCUGAAGUACUCUAACUUUGUAAGAGUCAAGUCUUCCAACAUGCUGUGGAGAGGUAGAUGAUGUUUGGUUGAAAUUGUUUUUUAUGAAAAGAAGGUUGCCUUUUCUGAGUUAAUGGCAGAUGUAACUGACUGUAGGAAAUAUAAAGUAAAUGAUUAGACUAUAGGGGUUUGGAGGACAUUCUGUAUUGUACCUUUCACCCUGCUGAGUUUAAACGUCUGCUAGCUUCUCUCUCCAUGCAGAAGUCCAUGUCCACACUCACAUGGAUAAAACUGAAUACACUGUUUAUGUUAAAGAUGUUUGCCCACACUAGUAAAAUGUCAAAACAACAGAAGAAUACUUCAUUUGUUGACUUUCUACCUCUUUUAAAGAGUAACUACACCCCAAAAUGUUUUGGAGUAGUUUAUAUCUAUUUAUCAUUUGACACAGAUAGAAAAAAGCAAAACUAGUCAUUGGGCUCUCCUUUAAUCAUGCAAGUGCGAAGUGUUAGAUGUUGGGUGCACAGACUGUGUGGGCGCCUUCAAGAACACUUUUUUUUAAUCUUGGUUCAUGUGUGUGCAAAAGUGCACAAGGUCUAGGUGCAGGUGAAUAUAGAUCAGAGGUUGUGGUGAGUAAUAAAUGUACUCUCAUCGCUGAGCUGAGCCAGAUAGUGAUGCAUGACAGCAUUAGCUCAACAAAUGGAGAAACAUUUAAAGUACAGUGAUGAUAGCUAUUAAAAAUGUUUGAUCGGGUCAGUUUAAAUCCUACAGUAUCUCAAGUAGUAAAUUUUCACAUCAUAUUGUAAUAGAUGUGACAGCAGCAUUUGCACUGUGAUGCAUUUCUAGAAUAAAACAUGAGACAUCACUCGCUAAAAACUAAGUUGUGAAGCAGGCAAUGGAUGCAUAAGAAAAAUGUUCCCUGGUAAUUCAUUGUCUCCCAUAGAAAAAGCAGAAUACAGAGUUAUAAUCGACUGCAUGUGUAGACACCAAAAUACCACACAGACAGGCAAAGCCAGUUUCAAGGUAAGGAAACCACCAAACUGUCAUAGUGCUGCUCGUUGUGCCGCCACAAAAACAGGGCCCAUUUACAUCAUCAGUUGAGAGAAUAAUGUGCGAAAUGUCCAAAUUUAGCUCAGAAUUGCACCUGGAUAAAAUGAGCAGAAGGCAUUAAUUUUAGAUGUUUGAGUGUACAAGAGAAAUUUCUAGGCUAAGACUGUUUUAGACUCAGUAUAAAAGCAGAUUGAUGAAGGCUUGGUCACUGAUUUUUCAAGAUCGUGAUCCACUCUCAUUUGCAAGCUUUACUCUGAGUGGGAUAAGCUUUUCUAUAGUUUUUGUUAGUGAUAUUUCACAUUUAUUAUUUUGCAGAUUUUAGUGGCUUUUAUUCUGCUAUCUUCUCAGUACUGCAGCUCUGAUCUGUGGUUUUGAACUAAUGCUACUUAAGCCUGGCACAUAACAGGUGACAUUAACAAGUCUUCACAGAUGUUGACAGAGAGACGCUGUCAACACUAUUAUCCCCAUUUGUACAUUUCAGUGCAUCGCAGCAGGCUUUUCACCUCGCCUUAAAGUUUCAAAACAGGUAUAAUUACACUUGCCUUUAGUUGUGGUCAGACGAAAAGUUGAUGAAGCAUAAUGAGACCAUACAUAUCUUUUUUUUUUAUUGGAUGCCAAAGCUUUGCUGGCCUCUGUGCCUUUCCAGCAGGUCAGAGAGCCCAUCAGUGGCUGCUCUUGGUUGAUUAGCUCUGACUAGCACUGCAGGCUUGCAUCAUUCACACUACCUACACUGAGUGUCUUCAUACCCCAUAUGUCAUCAAACGCUAUGUAGCCAUGAGACUAAGCCCACUGACAUUUGCCCACCCACUGAACUCCCACUCUGUUGCAUUUUUUAAAUAUGCUAAAAAAAAAUUUAAAAAAAAGGUCCUUACAGAAAUUGAGGACGUACUUACACUUCAAAGAGUAAUGUAAAGCAGUGUUUCACUCACCACAGUCGCUGGGUCUGGUCAGAGAUGUGCUCUGUAGCACUGGUGUACUGACACACCCUGAAAUACAAUUCUACAUC